UGAGCGCACACACAGGAGGAAACCCCGCAGAUAUUAACCAACUCAUUUUACAAACGACAGACCGUCUCCAGUGAAGUUGCUCUUUUAUGUCAGCUCUCCCCUCCAAUAACUGCAUUUACCGGGAACUGUUCAUCGCCAUUUAGUGAUAAUCUUCUUUAAAGAAACGCCCAAACAACCAGAACUAUCUAUCAGGACUGACAACCUGAAGUCGUGCUCAUCACAAGAGGCAUGAUGUCUGGCGAAGAGGCUCCAACUCUGCAGCCUGAGCAGGAGAAGCAGCCCGACGAGGAGCCUCCCCCGGCGGCCUCAGAGGCUCCGCAGCAGUCCGGGAGCAGCAGCCCUGCGGCGGCCGAGGAGAAGCCUCUCUCCAUCCGGGCUCUGGUCCUCACGGGCUACGGGGGCUAUGAUAAAGUGAAGCUGCAGGUGAAGACGCAGAAGCAGCAGCUGGCCGCGGGAGAAGUGUUGGUGCGCGUGAAGGCGUGCGGGCUGAACUUCGCGGAGCUGAUGGGCAAACAGGGUCUGUACGAGCUGCUGCCCCCCCCGCCCGUCACCCUGGGCAUGGAGGGCUCCGGGGUCAUCGAGGCGGUCGGGGAGGAUGUGAAAGACAGGAAGGUGGGGGAUCGGGUCAUCGUGUUGAUCCGCAGCGGCAUGUACCAGGAAGUGGUCGUUGUGGCCGCUGACAACACCUUCCCCAUGCCCGAGCAGAUGAGCUUUGAGGAGGGGGCUGCGCUGCCCGUCAACUACCUCACCGCCUACCUGAUGCUGUUCGAGUCGGCCAACCUUAAGCCAGGCAAGAGUGUCCUGGUCCAUAUGGCUGCAGGUGGUGUCGGUGUCGCUGUUACCCAGCUCUGUCAGACUGUGCCAGAUGUGACGGUUUUUGGCACGGCCUCAGCCUCCAAACAUGAGAUCAUUUCCCAAGGCGGCGUAACUCACCCCAUCGACUACCGCACCAAAGACUACGUGGAGGAAGUCCGCAAAAUCAGCCCCAAGGGAGUGGACAUCGUCCUGGACCCCCUCGGUGGUUCAGACACCCAGAAAGGCUUUAGUUUGUUGAAGCCUUUGGGCAUGCUUAUAGUCUUUGGCGCGGCCAAUUGUGUGACGGGCCAGAAGAAGAACCUGUUGGCCAUGGCGAAGACCUGGUACAACCAGCUGUCGCUCAGCGUGCUCAAACUGAUGCAGACCAACAAGGGCGUCUGCGGCUUCCACCUGGGCUACAUCCCCGAUGAGCAGCUGAUCACCCGCACCAUGGAGAAGCUGCUGGAGCUCUACAGCCAGGGCAAGAUCAAGCCCCGCAUCGACUCCUGCUACCACUUUGAGGAGGCUACUGAUGCCAUGAAGCGAAUGCACGAACGCCAAAACAUCGGGAAAGUCAUCCUUCUUCCUGAAGCGAAGAAAGAGGAAGAGGUGCCAAAGUCCAACCCUGAGCCGGUAGAAAAUGUGGAAAAAACUGAAGCUGCCGUCGACGAGAAGAAGGAAGAGACCACAGAGGAAGUUAAAGCCGAGGAUUGAGUAAGAGUGUCUAUUUGAGUGAUAUUUUCAAGCACUUCCUGAAUGCGAUCCCUAUUGUUCACUUGUCAAAAAGAGAAGAAAAAGCAGGAUGCCAUGAAUCCUUUGAUUUGUGUCAGUAUUUUCAAAUGUUUAUGAAGAUUUUGUUGUGCAAUAUGUCGAUAGUGUGGUAUCUAUGUUGGGAAAUGUGUGUUUAAAGAAAAAAUAAUAAAGUAUUGUUUUACAUUACAUAAGGAAAAAUGAAUUCUGCUAAAAAUGUAAGGGUGUGGCUGCAAAAACAAGGUCCCAUUGACAACAGCUUAGCAAUCCUUAACAAACCAGGGCCUGUAUGUAUGAAAUGGUCCUGAAAAUGGUCCCUAUAAAAGGAUAAGAAAUGUUUAAAUAAAACUCAGCUCUGUCUCAAGAAGCUGAAAAGAUUGCAUUAGGUUCCCAGUCAGGGAUCAGAUUACCAGUCAUGCAGUGUAGCCAACAUUACAUAUGCUUCACUGCACUGCAGCAUGCAAGAGUAGAGCUUAUCGGUGGAAAAAACUCCUACAUAUUACAGCUACUUUCUAUUCUACAUCAAAAAUAAAUGAGUUGUUGAAGAAGAUAAAACAGUAGGGAAAUAGCAUCAUUACAUCAUUCGUAGAAUUUUGACUAAUUUAAGAUAAAUAGACAUACAUACCUGCCCUGAUUCUGCCUUUUUUCUGCGUCAAACCUCAAAUCUGGCAAUGUGAUUCUAAUGAAAUCAGAGUAUCAGUUCUUGUAAUUCAUUGAAUCCUGUUACAAAUGAUUAAUCUAUAAGGAAUCUGUUCUAAAACUUGCCAACCUUCGCUUGUUCUCAGUUAUUUGUAGUGUAAGACUUGUUAGUAAAAGAUGGUUAUGAUGCGCUCAAAUGUCUUGUUGAUGGAGGUUGUUAAACAAUAGGUCAGUAUUGUAUUAUAGUUGAAAUUGUUAGGUGUUUCUCACAUAUUUGUGCCAAAUAUAAAGCCAGCUUUUACCACUGCCGUCAAGCCAACUGUGAAUAACAAUUAGCGGGACUUCCAUGCCUUGGCACUCGUUGCCUCUGGGUUUUCUUCCAACAAUGUCGUGCUGAACUUGAGAUUAAAUGUUUUGGCAGAGCCACGUUAAGGAAGGGUUUCCACCUUGAUGCAUUUUAGCUGCUUUCUCAAAUCCUACGUUGCCUGUUUAAAGUAAAAAAAAAUGGUGCCGUGUUUAUAAAAGAAGUUAUGAAAAAAAACAGAUGAUUCUUUGCUUUCAUGCGUUUUUGUUUUUCAGUGCUAUAUACAUAUUCAUUUAGCUCCUGCAGUAUAGUAAUGGAUUAUUAGGCGUCAUUCUUCUCAGUAAUCAUUUGUAAUGCUUGCAUAUCUGUUUCUUUGAGUGCAUAACCUCAAAUAGUGGGCUCAGUCAUUCAGAUGUUUUGUCCAGCUGUGGGUGUAAUACAAUGCUGUGACGCAGAAGACUCUACCGAAGCACAAGAGAAAGAGUUUUCCUCCCAUCCUCACCGAGCAGCUGCUCACAUUCCUCCCUCCACCCUCAGUCCUGCUCUCUGUCUCGCUCUGUGGCCAAACCUUCUCAAAACUCCCUCUUCACUCUGCUUUGAAAGACGCACUUGGAAACACAGAUAAUGCUUUAUGUUAUUUACAUCUGGGACAUUUGUUCUUUUGGCCACUUGGACAAGUAUUGUUAAUUUUGGCCAGGUUUCCUUCUCGUAGUAUGAUGUAAGAUCUGAUGUGGAGUUUGAGUGGGAACUGGAGUCGGCUCCUUUGACUAUGAGACGUUCAUCCUUUUGUUUAAAUCCAAGUGUGUAGAAUUUUCUUUUCAAUUUUUGUUGACAUGUUUCUCUACCCAUAACCCUGGUGUUUGCCUGCAUGGUAAAUGUUCAAAUGUAACUACUGAACCAAAUGGGAGAUGAGUCUAACUAAUGAGCAACCUGAGUCAAUUAGAGCUGUUCGUUAAAGAGAAAUUUGUGAUUUUAAAACAAGCUCUACUAAAUCCAGAAAAAGCCAGAAAAUCUAGCUACAAAACUACAUAGUGUCUAAAUAUAACCCUCAAAAGUAGUUGUCUAAAAUAUAAAAAAAUGUAAUGUUUCUCUUAAUAAUUUGACAAAUAAUAUACAUGAAUUGAUAUAGUGUUCACUCAUGCUGCGAGGGACAUCUAGUGGUGAAAUUGUGCCUUUUAAAUAACUCAUUAAAAUACUCUUCACAAUGUUGCCUAUGAACAAAAUGUACUGCAACCUGCCUUAGCAGCUAUAAAAUACUUAAACAUUUUUAUAGCUAUAAAAAAAUAGAUUGCUAAUCACAAAUCCAUUCAAAUAUUCUAGCACACUUCUUCAAAACGAUGUACAAAAAAAAAAUGCAUUAGAUUUGCCGCAUGAUAAAAAUGAUAAGGUUUUUUCUGUGUUCUUAGCCUUUAAUCUUUCUAUGUUGUUAUAGCUACAAUGGUUUGUCUCAAGAAGUAAAAUAUUUGAUUUGUUGAAGUUCAAAUUACGCAGCCUGUUUUUUUUAUACACACUUUAUGCACACUUGCCUUCUGUGUUAAAUGGCACUAACCUGUCUGUAUUAUUAAAAUGUUAUCGCAUGAUGUUCCAA